AUGUCGGACUCCCCCGACUUUGUCAGACCACAAGACGUCCGUUUGGCCUCGCUCUCCCACGCCCAGCUUCUAAUCCAACUAGAAGAGAAGACAAGGGAGCUAGCUCAGGUGAAGGAGGAGCUCGCCAGCACAAAGAAUCUGACGAGAUAUGAAGAUUUGAUGAAGAACUUUCGAUCUCUAUCAGCUGAAACGCCGGAGAAGAUCAGAAUCACGCCCACAACCGCAGAACCCGAAAGCACCAAGUUGUGGUAUGUUUUCGAGGAUCAAGUUUUCGACAACUGGGAUAUGGCUGUUCGUGGCGCCCGAAGCGUCGAGAGUAUCGUCACUGUGUACUCUUUUAGUCAAGCCGUGAACGUGAUUCGCCAAUGCGGCUAUGAUCAUUACGUCCCCAGAUACCGUCAAGACUCGAGCUAUGUGAAUGGGGCAGGUCAGAAGCUGUACCGGGUCUAUGUCGAUGGAGCAUAUGCUCGAAAUGGCCAGGGAGGGCCCCAAGCGGGCGUCGGGGUGUGGUUUGGCCGUUGCAACCCCAUGAACGUCUCUGAGCCUCUGGCGGGACCCAUUCAGACGAGCCAGAGAGCCGUGCUGGCGGCGAUCCUGAAGGCAUAUGAGGCGAUUGCAACAAUGAACAAUGGCCUUCAAUAUGAGAUUUACACCGAGUCAACUUACGCCAUUGACUGUCUCACCAAGUGGCAUCAGAUGUGGCAAAACAACGGCUGGGUCAACUCCGACGGAGACCCCGUGAGCAACAAGGACUUGAUCGAAAGCAUUCUCGCCAUCAAAGAGAGCGGGUCUUGUGCCAACGUUUCUCUAAGGGUUAGCAGGGGUAUUUAA